AUGAAUCGAUCUCAUGGAAAAGAUCAACAAGAAGCAAAUACAAUUCUGAUGAUGCUUAAAGAAGAUCCAAAUUCAUGGACAAAGGUCGAUGCAAUUUUACAGUUUUCAAAUUUGAGCGAAUCAAAGUAUUUUGCAUUACAAAUUCUUGAAAAUGUAAUUCAAACAAAAUGGAAAUCAUUACCACCAGUUCAAAGAGAUGGAAUCAAGAAUUUCAUAGUUUCAAUGAUGUUAAGAUUGAGUUCAUCAGCUGAAGAGGUUUCAGGAAACUCUUUGCUUCUUCACAAACUCAAUUUGGUACUGGUUCAGGUAAGAAAUGAUCUUAUUAUUGCUAUUUUAUUUCAAAAAUGCUCCAAAUUUCAGAUUGUCAAACAAGAUUGGCCAAAACAUUGGCCAACAUUCAUCGCAGAUAUUGUCGAAUCAUCAAAAUCAAACGAACAUGUUUGUAUCAAUAACAUGAAUAUUCUCAGUUUAUUGAGUGAAGAAGUAUUCGAUUUCGGAUCGCAAAAUUUGACACAAGCUAAAGAACAACAUCUGAAACAACAAUUCUGUGGACAAUUCCAAGAAGUUUUCACGUUAUGUGUAAGCAUUUUGGAGAAAUGUCCAUCAAAUUCAAUGGUUCAUGCUACUUUGAAAACUCUUCAUCGUUUUUUGACUUGGAUUCCAGUUGGAUAUGUCUUUGAAACAAAUAUCACUGAAUUGCUCUCUGAAAAUGUGAGUUUUUAUUGAUUUAUUUUAUUUGAAUAACAAUUUUCUUAUUUCAGUUCUUAUCUCUCGAAGUUUAUCGUGUAAUUACUCUUCAAUGUUUGACCGAAAUUUCACAAAUUCCAAUUGAAACAAAUGAUCAAAGUUAUAAUGACAAAUUAACUGGAAUGUUCUGUUCAACAAUCAAAGAAAUUGCACAAUUAUUAGGACCAGAUCCAGAUUUGGCAUCAGUUUAUAAAGGAGCAUCAGAUCAAGAUCAGAAAUUCAUCAGCAGUUUGGCACAAUUCAUUGUUUCAUUCAUCAAAGAACAUGUUCAAUUGAUUGAAAUUGCAGAAAAACCAUUAACUGAUCAGAAGAAACAAAUUGCUGAAUUACACAAUUAUGCGAUUACUUUGCUUUUGAAUAUUUCACUUGUUGAAGAAAUGGAGAUUUUCAAAGUUUGUUUAGAUUGUUGGUGCUGGCUCACUUCUGAAUUAUAUCGUGUUUCGCCAUUUAUUCAACCAAGUAUGUUAUAUGGAAUUGGAAGUCAAGUAAGAGAUCAUCCAAGAAGAAAUAUAUACAGGUUAGUUCAAUAAUUAUAUAGCAACCUAUUAUUUUUUUUUCAAUUUGCAGAGAUCAUUUGAGUCGACUUCGCUCGAUUAUGAUUUGUAGAAUGGCAAAACCAGAAGAAGUUCUUGUUGUUGAAAAUGAUCAAGGAGAAGUUAUACGAGAAAUUGUCAAGGACACAGAUUCUAUUGCUCUUUAUCGAAAUAUGCGUGAAACUUUGGUUUAUUUGACACAUUUGGAUUGUAAAGAUACCGAAAUGAAAAUGACUGAAAAAUUGGCAUCGCAAGUGACUGGAAGUGAAUUUUCUUGGAAGAAUUUGAAUAGAUUGUGUUGGGCUGUUGGAUCGAUUUCUGGAACAAUGACUGAAGAAGACGAAAAACGAUUUUUGGUAUUAGUUAUUAGAGGUGUGUUUUUUUUUCGAUUUCUUUGAAAAUCUGACAUUUUUGUUUUCCGUAAUCUUCGCUUAAGAAAAAACAACCUAAACAGAAUUCUCGAAAAAUUAUAAUUUUUUACAGAUUUGCUUGGACUUUGCGAACAAAAACGUGGAAAAGACAACAAAGCUGUAAUCGCUUCAAAUAUUAUGUAUGUUGUUGGACAAUAUCCAAGAUUUCUUCGAGCUCAUUGGAAAUUCCUGAAAACUGUUAUCAACAAAUUGUUUGAAUUUAUGCACGAAACACAUGAAGGAGUUCAAGAUAUGGCUUGUGAUACAUUUAUCAAAAUUGCUAUCAAAUGCAAAAGACACUUUGUUAUUGUAAGUUUUUUGCAUUUUUUGAAAUUAUUCAAAUUGUACUGUUUUUCAGUUGCAACCAGCUGAAAACAAAGCUUUUAUUGAUGAAAUGUUGGAAAAUUUGAAUGGAAUUAUUUGUGAUUUGACACCACCACAAGUUCAUGUUUUCUACGAGGCUGUUGGACAUAUUAUUUCAUCACAAAUCGAUCCACCAUUACAAGAAGCAUUGAUUGAUAAAUUGAUGGAAUUACCGAAUCGAGUUUGGAAUGAUACAAUUACAUCAGCUGGAACAAAUGAUUCUGUUUUGGAAGAUGAUGAGGUAAUUUAUUCGAUUUAGUCAAAAUAGAUAGAUUUCCUCAAUUUCCAGACAAUUCGAAAUUUGUUGAACAUUUUGAAAACAAAUGUUGCUGCUUGUAAAUCGAUUGGAAAUUCAUUUGUUCAUCAACUUGGAAAUAUUUAUCUCGAUUUGUUAUCUCUCUAUAAGUGAGUUCUAUUCUUCUUUUUUUGAAUCAUCCAAUUUUUAAGGAUUUUGUCUGAAAAAGUAUCGAAAGCAGUUUUGGGAAAUGGCGAAGAAGUUUUGAAAUAUCCGCUCAUUAAAGCAAUGCGAUCUGUGAAAAGAGAAAUCUUGAUUCUUCUUUCGAUUUGGGUGUCAAAGAGUACUGAUACAAGAGUGAGUUUUUCUUCAAUGUUUCUCAUUCAAAAAAAAACAUGUUUUUUCAGUUGGUUCUUGAUAAUAUUGUUCCACCAUUAUUCGAUGCUGUUUUGUUUGAUUAUAAGAGAAAUGUUCCACAAGCUAGAGAACCAAAAGUGCUUUCUUUGCUCAGUAUUCUUGUAACUCAACUUGGAGUAAGUUUUUUUCAAUCAAGCUCUCAUUUCCUAUUUCAUUUCAUUAUUUUCAGCAAGAAUUAUCACCAGAAGUUCCAAAAAUUCUUGAAGCUGUAUUCGAAUGUACUUUGGAAAUGAUCAACAAAGACAUGGAAGCAUUCCCAGAACAUCGAACAAAUUUCUUCGAAUUGGUACUUUCAUUGGUUCAAGAAUGUUUUGCAGUUUUCAUGGAAAUGCCACCAGAACAAUUCUCGUAUGUUAUUGAUUCGGUUGUUUGGGCAUUCCAACAUUCAAUGAGAAAUGUCGCUGAAAUUGGUUAG